AUGAAUUCCAAAAUGAAACAGAAACUGAAUGCAGAAAAAUCAUCAGGACCUUUGCAGAAGUACCUCACAGACACCACAUGCAGUGCUGCCCCAAGACGAACUCUUAAAAUGAUUCAGCCUUCAGCAACAGGUUGCAUGAUUGGCAGACGUAAUGAGAAGAAAUCUUCAGUCAAAAGGAAACUCUGGAAUAACAAGUUCACCUCAAAGGCUUGUAAAGCUGAGGUGUCUGUGGACAAGGAGCAAGAAAAUGAGAAUAUGAAUGAUGUCAUUCAAGCUGUAGAUCUCAUGAUAAAAGGAAGUCCUUCAUCUCAAUAUUGGAAAGAAGUGGCUGAAGAAAGGAGGAAGGCUCUGUAUGAAGUGCUUCAAGAAAAUGAAAAGUUACACAAAGAAAUCGAACAGAAAGAUGGUGAAAUUGCCCGCCUAAAAGAAGAAAAUGAAGAGCUAAUGUCCCUUGCUGAACAUGUGCAUUAUAUGGCCAGCAUGAUUGAGAGGCUAACUGGGCAAGCACCUGACAAUCUUGAGACACUGGAGAGUCUGGCUCUAGAGGAACCCAAACAAGAAAAUGAAGAGCUUAACUGUGGCGAUGAUGCAGACAGCACUUCUGAAGAAGGGCCAUCACAAGUAUCAUGUGGCUUAAGGGAGAGUAUAUCAGACCUUGCUUCAAAGGAAGCAAAUUACUUGCAACUGGAAUGACAACCUUUAAAUAGGCUUAUGUAUGUGGCUUUUAAUUGCAGGCUUCCUCUUGAAAGGAUACACUAAAACUUCUCAGGUAAAGAAACUCUUGUGGAAGCAUUAUGGCUGUCGGGUUUUAAGUGGAAUUAUGUUGCAGUGGGAGUAUCUGGAUACCAUGUAGAAAACUUACUACGGGCUGCAUUUAGUUGCUUGUAUAAAAUGCAAAUACUGUGUAUUUCAAACUGUUGUGUAAAUAUCUUAUCAGUUGGUGUGACAUAAGUGAAAAUUGAUAAAUAAAUCUUUGCCUUACCAAAACAGCCUCUUACUUGAGUGGGGAAUGGC